UAUCCGUUUUUUCCCCUAUUGGUCGUACACAUUCUUCCAAUAUUAUUGGUCCAUACAAGACUACACGUAGUUCCGCUUUGAAAAAAACAACGGUCUUCUUCAUUCCGACCAGGAGUGUUUGGGAUAAAUCUAUUUUUGUUGUUGUUUCCCGGAUUUUUUUGGUUUUCUGGUCUUGGUGCUUCUGAUCCAACAUGGCGGCGGUAGCGAGGACGUUCUUGUCGUUUUCUAUGGCAACGAGAAAAAAAGUGCUAGCAGGCUAGCCCGCUGAGGCUGUCACAUGAUUAGCGACUAAAACCGAGCUGCCCGAUUCCAAUAUGGUGGUUGGCUCGGUGGAGCUGCGCAUCUUGUUAAUGAUAUUGUCGGCUUGCUGGUUCAAGUCUGGCGUUUGCAGCCAAAACUCGUCGACGCGGGUCCUCGGCCUGAGACUGGAGGACACCACCGGGGAAGUGUACAUGCGCGGUCGGGUCCUGACUGCUGCGCGUGGCUCCAGGUUCACGCUCCGGUUGUUCGGUUCCUACCUGCUCAAUGGGACUUGGGUCGCGUUCGCUGAAGUGGGUGUAAACGCCUGUGGCCAAGAAACACUGCGCAAUGCAUCUGCUUUCCAAGUGCGCGGAGAGUUUGUGAGUGAUAAGAACGGGGGCUUAAUAGAAGUUGAAACCGAGGAUAGAAAGAUCUCUGAUCAGGUAACUGAUGAAACACAUCCGGGUUUACACAGCUUGUGUGUGUUCACCGGGGAAACCUGGGAAUCCGCGGGGCCGGAUGUGUUCCGUGUAAAAGAUCCGGAUCUGCCACCCGAAUUUAUCCCAACGUGGGGUCUAGCCAUAAUUAUCAUCAUGGUAGUGUUAAUAUGCUCGCUGGUACGCUGCCUGAAUCUGAGUUUGCUGUGGCUUGACCCUCUGGAGCUCUAUGUGCUGCACAGCUGUGGCUCAGAAAAAAAGAGACGUCUGGCGAAGCGCCUGGAGCCAAUUCGGAGGAGAGGAAACUUUCUUUUGUGCUCCCUGCUGUUCUUGUGCGCUUUGGGCCACUCGGUACUUGGUGUGAUCUUCUACCGUGCCUUUGGAUCCAUCCUUCCUGCUGCGUUUGCAUGUGCUGCGCUCAUUUUCCUGGUCGCAGAGUUGUUGCCCCACAUCGUAAGUUCGGGUUACGGUUUCUAUCUUGCCCCAAGUCUCGUAUGGCUGGCCCAGAGCUGUCUGAUCCUCACAUGUCCCCUGUCUUGCCCGUUAGGGCUCCUUUUGGAUUUGGCACUUAAGCGUGACGUGAGCACUUGUGGAGUGCGUGAAAAGGUGAUGGAGUUGAUUCGGGCAAAUGUGAAUGACCCAUACAGUGAGUUUGUCAAGGAGGAGUUCAGGCGUGGGACACUGAGGAGCAAGACGGUGGAGGAUAUUUUGACUCCCCUGAAGGACUGCUUCAUGCUCCCCUCUACAGCCAUGCUGGACUUUAGCACCAUGUCCGAGAUCAUGCAGAGUGGUUACACCCGCGUCCCCGUGUAUGAGGAAGAGCGCUCCAACAUCAUCGAGAUCCUGUAUGUCAAGGACCUGGCUUUGGUAGAUCCUGCUGAUUGCACUCCUAUGACGACCAUCACCAAGUUCUACAACCACCCUCUGCAUUUUGUCUUCAAUGACACCAAGUUGGAUGCCAUGUUAGAAGAGUUUAAGAAAGGCAACUCUCAUCUGGCCAUAGUACAGAGGGUAAAUAAUGAGGGAGAGGGAGACCCCUUCUACGAGGUGCUGGGUCUGGUCACACUCGAAGAUGUGAUUGAAGAGAUCAUCAAGUCUGAGAUCCUGGAUGAGUCUGAUGGCUAUAUGAAUAUGAAAGUGAAGCGUCCUCUUCCUCCACUGGAGAUUCCUUUAGAGCCUCGUGCAGCACAGGAGGAGUUCUCCCUCUUUAAAGUUCCCGAGGGCGAGGCAAAGAUCCGCACGUCUCCGCAGCUUCUACUUGCUACACACCGCUUUCUCUCCAGAGAAGUGGAGCAUUUCUGUCCACAACGCGUGUCGGAAAAGGUCUUAUUUCAUCUCCUACGGCAUCCCAGUGUCAAUCAAGAAGUGAAGUUUGACCCAAACAACAAAAUGAGUCCCGAGCACUACCUCUACACACGGAAUCAUCCAGUGGACUACUUCAUUCUGUUGCUGCAGGGGCGUGUGGAAGUGGAGAUUGGUAAAGAGGGUCUAAAGUUUGAGAACGGAGCUUUCACCUACUAUGGAGUGUCGGCGCUGACAACACCUUCCUCUGUACAUCAGUCUCCAGUGUCGACGCAGCAUCGCUCCCCGAGAAACGCAUUUGAGCUGGGAGAAGCCACAAGCCCGUCCAGUUACUGUCCUGACUAUACGGUCCGAGCCCUAACCGACCUGCAGCUCAUUAGGGUUACCCGCUUACAGUAUCUCAAUGCCUUGAUGGCAUCUCGGGUAUCACAGAGCCCUGGCCCUCCAGAGAUUAGGAUCCUUCCUAACAGCCAGACCAAACUCCUAAAUGAGAAAAACACCACCCAAGAAAUGGCUGACAAAGAUUUAUUAUUACUGAAAAGCUACAUUGAAAUUGACAGUGGAGUUGAUUCUGAUGACAUGGGCUUUGAUGAGAUGAACUGCUCUGAUCCUUUGGCCAUGAGUGGCAGAUGUGACCUGCACAAGGGACUCCGUAUCGAAGUCACCAAGGAGCCUCUUAGUAUGCGCUCUGUUGCUAAUGUUGUAAUCGCUCUGCAGAGGCUGAAGCACACUGAAAGAGUUCAGUCCACGGAGUUUAGUGACCGGGAGCUCUUUCAAAUCUUCCUGGAGAAUGUGAUUGAAGAGACAAAUGUAAUCAAAUUGGACUGCAGUGAAUCCAAGAGCUACAGCAGGCAGGAUAAGGUUGUGCAGUGCACUAUAUGUGACAAGUCUAAAAAGGCCUUGGUGCAGAGGAACAACUAUCUGCUGGCAUUCACUCUGAAAGGUGGAAACGAGGAGAAUAAAACAUGGUUUAACCUUUCAGCCUACAAUCCACCAAACUGCAGAGACAACACAAAAGGCCAGGCUGUAUGUUUAGGGAUUGUAAAGAGCAACAUCUUUCUCUCAUGCACUUCGGAUAAUGGCACUCCUUCUCUGGUCAUAGAGGAGGUAAAAGACAAAGAGAGUCUGAAGGCGAUCAAGGAGAAUGAUGGCAUGGAACGCUUUCUGUUCUUGAGGAACAGCUCUGGUGACACCCUUAACACCUUUGAGUCGGUCAAAUACCCAGGCUGGUUCAUCACCACCUCCAAGGAUGAGUUUCAGCCUGUCCAAAUGUCUCAGCAGCAAACGAGUCACCUCCAGCUGUUCACACUGAAUGAUGAGAAAGUAGUUCCUCAGAGUAAGGUCUGAUUUAGAAAAACAGUUUCCAGAAAGUAUGUACCAAGUACAAAUCCUCAGGCUAAUUUUGUGUUUAAGUUAAUUUCACAACGGGAUUGGUUGACUUUUUUAUUUUAAUAAUUU